AUGCAGAUAUUUAUAUUUUUCUUGCUGAUAGUUCUUGAGAUGGCAAACAGUGCGGAAUAUUAUACAAAAGAAAAAGGGGAGAAAUUGCUAAAACAGGACAAAUAUGUAUCUGCUCUUCUCUAUCUUGAAAACUAUGGAUACCUAGACUCCCAGGAAAAGGAAAAUAAUGCCACGCUAGUAGAUAUUUUCCACACCGGGCUGGCAAGACUACAAUCUUUCUUUGAAAUACCUCAGACUGGAAUGCUAGAUGAAAGAACUCUGGAGGGAAUUAGAAAACCUAGAUGUGGAGUCAGAGAUUUAAAGAAAAAUGGUGCAGGAGGGUUGCAAGAUAAAAUCAUUGAAAUCAGUGAUAAAAAUCCUCCCAGACGAUUUCGUAGAUUUUCACUUUCCGAAGAUUUUUUCUCAGAUAUGCUUUCCCUUUUAGGGCAGAGAGUUCAAGGAGGAGGUGGUGGUUGGGGAGGGGGUAGUAGCAGAUGGAGAUCCUUACAAUUAACUUACAGGGAAAAAUCAUAG